AUGCAAGGAGUUGCUAGUGGGGGCAUCGCCUGCCUCACGCAGAUGUACUUCAUUCACUGCUUUACAGCGAUGGAGUCUGGGAUCUUGGUGACCUUGGCUUUGGAUCGCUAUGUGGCCAUCUAUGAUCCCCUGAGACAUUCCACCAUCCUGACAAAUUCUGUUGUGGCCAAGAUCGGACUAGCCGUGGUGCUACGUUGUGGCAUAAGUGCAUUGCCCUACCCCUUCCUAGUGAGGCGGUGGCCAUACUGCAGAACCAACAUCAUCCCCCACUCCUUCUGUGAGCACAUAACCGUGGUGAAUCUGGCCUGUGCUGACACCCGCCUCAGUAGUUACUAUGGUCUCUUUGUGCUCUUCUCUGUGAUUGGUCUGGAUGUGCUUUUUAUCACCGUGUCCUAUAUCCAGAUCCUCAGGGCCAUCUUCAGCCUCCCCACAAAGGACGCCCGGAUCAAGACUUUUGGGACCUGUGGCUCUCACUUUUGUUGCAUAUUAUCUUUCUACCUUCCAGAAUUCUUCUCCUCCCUCACACACCGGUUUGGCCACAAAGUACCCCUAUAUGUCCUUGUUCUCAUUGCCAAUGUGUAUCUUCUGGUGCCCCCCUUGCUUCACCCCAUCUUCUAUGGGGUGAGGACAAAACAGAUCCGGUAUAGGCUGCUCAAGCUCUUUACUCAUAAAGGGACCUAA